GGGAACAGUCAAUCUCAUCUACAUGUCAUCUGAGUACAGUUCUUCACAAAAACCCACGAAACCGCCGUGUGAUGCUAUCAGUGUCCGAAUGAGUGAGUUAAAGAAAAAGAGUCGACUACUGUUCCUUUCUCUUCUCUUCUAUGUUUGUUAGGAAAGCGGUGUAAAGUGUCGUGCAUGCAUCCUCCCUUUUUCCCCCUCUUCCCUUCCUUCCGCAUAUUUGCAUGCACUCUCUCUCCCUCUCUCUCUGUUCUAUUUAUAAAACAAAUAAACACACUUUGUCUCUCUGUCUUUGCCCAUCCAUAAUACUACUACCAAACAAACAAACUUAACUCGUUCGCUGUUACUUCUCCUCCUCCUCCUCUUCCACUCUACUCUACUCACCACGCACUAACUCUUUGGUUUUGUGUUAAUGAAGAAUAAAAGAAAUGGACACCAAGAUUUGCAUGAAUGCAUCGUGUCAAACUGCAACAACUCAUGAAUGGAAGAGAGGUUGGCCUUUGCGAUCUGGUGGUCAUGCUCUUCUCUGCUACAAUUGCGGAUCUGCAUAUGAGGAUUCCCUUUUCUGCGAUACAUUCCACUCAGAGGAACCUGGAUGGAGGGAAUGCAAUAUAUGCAGCAAGCAUCUCCACUGUGGAUGCAUAGCAUCAAAGUUUUUGCUUGAACUCUUGGAUUAUGGGGGUGUUGGGUGUGCUAGCUGCGCAAGGAGUUCUCGACUUCGUUUGAUGCAAAGUGAUGAGAUUCCUAAUGGAUUUAGCUUUUUGGCAAGAAAUAAUGCUGGUGAUUCGGAGUCUAUUCCUGCUGAAAACACAGUGGCUGGUAAUAGCAAUGAUGAGGGAGGACUUGCUCAGUUGUGCAGGCUUCUAGAGGCUAAUGAACCCAGUCUAUUGCAUCCCUCCAAGAGAGCCAACACUAAUGGAGGUCUUGGGCAAUUCAGACAAGAAGAGAUCAUGCAUGCAAUUGGGGAUAUUGGCACAGGCUUCUCAAAUGUGACUCAACCAUCAAUUGGAUCACCUAAAUUUUCCAAACCAAACAAUAUGAGUUCUUUGUUAGAUUUGAGAGAUAUGCAUAGUUCACUUUCUCAGCCAUCUUUGAGUAUGGCAUUGGGAGCUCCAUCUGGGACUACAAAUUUUGUAACCUUUCCUGAUGGGGCUGUUGAAGGAAAGGAACAAAGAAAAACACCUUCUUCCUUUCAACAGGGACAAAGAUCUCGACCAAUAUUGCCUAAACCCUCAAAACCUGGCCUUUCUGUGAGUUCAGAGAAUAAUAUAGGUGCAGCUUCUGAGCUGCGGAUUGCAAGGCCACCUGCUGAGGGGCGUGGGAAGAAUCAGUUACUUCCUCGGUAUUGGCCAAGGAUAACUGACCAAGAGCUGCAGCAAUUAUCGGGAGAUUUGAACUCCAAUAUUGUGCCAUUGUUUGAGAAGAUUCUCAGUGCCAGUGAUGCAGGUCGAAUUGGUCGAUUGGUUCUUCCAAAAGCAUGUGCAGAAGCAUAUUUUCCUCCUAUCUCUCAAUCUGAAGGGAUUCCUUUAAGGAUUCAAGAUAUAAAAGGGAGAGAAUGGACGUUUCAGUUCAGAUUUUGGCCCAACAACAACAGUAGGAUGUAUGUGUUGGAGGGUGUAACCCCUUGCAUACACUCUAUGCUAUUAAAAGCGGGUGAUACAAUAACAUUUAGCCGGAUAGAUCCUGGAGGCAAACUUGUCAUGGGAUUUCGCAAGUCAACAAACAACGAUGAAGAUACACAGGACGUCCAGGCAUCUGGUCUUCUCGAUGGCACUGCUUCAGGGGAAACUUCCUUUUCUGCUGAUGGGGAUAUUGGCUGGAACAAUAGUGAGAACCACAGGGGCAGGAUAAAUGGGGAUCAACUGCAGCAAACAACAGCGCCCACAGAGAAGAAAAGGACUCAAAAUAUUGGACCUAAAAGUAAGAGGCUGCUCAUGCAUGGUGAAGACGCUAUGGAGCUAAGACUAACAUGGGAGGAAGCACAGGACUUGCUUCGUCCACCCCCAAGCGUGAUGAAGCCAACCAUUGUCACUAUUGAAGACCAUGAAUUUGAAGAAUAUGAUGAGCCUCCGGUUUUUGGGAAGAGGACCAUAUUUACUUCUAGAUCAUCUGGGGGACAAGAACAGUGGGCUCAAUGUGAUGAUUGUUCCAAAUGGCGAAAUCUCCCUGUGGAUGCUCUUCUCCCUCCAAAAUGGACGUGCUCAGAGAAUGCUUGGGAUUCAAGCAGGUGUACAUGUUCUGCACCUGAAGAGAUGACUUCAAAGGAUUUGGAUAAUGUUCUGGGAGUGAGCAAAGAUUUCAAGAAGCGAAGGAAUUUAGGAAGUCAGAAGCGGUUCCAAGAGCGGGAGCCUUCUGGCUUAGAUGCUCUGGCUACUGUUGCAGUUUUAGGAGACAAUCUAGAUGAUUCAGGUGAUCCAUCAGUUGGAGCCACCACAAAGCAUCCCCGGCACCGCCUUGGUUGCACUUGCAUCGUUUGCAUUCAACCACCAAGUGGGAAAGGCAAGCACAAGCCCACAUGCACGUGUAAUGUGUGCAUGACUGUAAAGCGCCGUUUUAAAACCCUCAUGCUGCGCAAGAAGAAACGCCAAUCAGAACGCGAAGCAGAAAUCUCACAGCAGGACAACAUGGAUCAUAAGGAGGAAUCAGAAAUGAACGGCACAAUGAGUCAUGAAGUGUUGCAUAUAAAUAAUCCAGACACUGAAGGAAAUCAAAGCCAAAGGCAAAUAGAGAAGCCAGAAACUAGUGCUGGGCAAAUAGACCUAAAUUGUCACCCCAAUAGUGAGGACAUGUCACUGGAAAUACCAGGAUUGAGCACGAUGAACCUUGUUGACACCGCCAACUCACCGUUGGAUAAUUAUAUUAAGCAAAAUGGGCUUUCAAGCUUCGUGUGGGACCACCAAGGAGGGCCAGCUCAACAAAGUGGAGAGAGUCUGAGGCGCCUAUCUGAUGAAGCAUUUCUGGCAUCAAUAGGCUGGACUCACGAGAGCAUACGCGAUUGAGGCUACUGUUUACUCAUUUUAUAUCGGCUUGGUAGUUCAUGAAGAGUUCAAUCAUCUUCUCUCUUAUACUGUAAUCCAUUUUCGUUUUUAAUGCCCUCUCCAAAGGGGUGGUGUCGCACAUCUCUCUACAGUCAUAGAAAAUGCAAUUUUGCAGCAUGUUUAAUUUUCAGCUCCCCCCUGUCUGUGUCAAUGCAGGGUGUUAUGAAAUUGUUGACAGAGGAUCUCAAAUUGCAUUCUAAUUAGAAUUUUAGAAGCUUUUAGUUUUA